GUCGGCUUCCGUUCCAGGUGACUCCCAUUUCCUCGCAGUUUUUCUGCUCCUAGGUUGUGCUACAGGCUAGACCGUGAUAAACAUUGCGAGCUGACGCAGCUGUAACAGUUAACUCGGGAUGAGAGUCGCGGUAAUCUUAAUGGUAAUUUAAAAUGAAGAAACUAAGGCCUGCAUCCUGACGUCGACAUUGCGGUCGACGACGAUCUGCGGCAGCGUUGUUGGUGACUGACAUGGACGCUGGUGACAUUAAGGAUGUGAAGCUUUCACCUGAAGUCGAACCAUUUAUCCCGCAGAGGAAAGGUUUGGAAGGUUCUAUUAUCGGCAUGAGUCUUUCUGGGGAAGCAGGAGGAGGCGGAGGUAUCGGAGGAGGCAGUGGAGGGGUGGAAGCCACAUCCAUACCCAGCUACCUCAUCACCUGCUAUCCUUUUGUCCAGGAGAACCAACCCAGCAGACAACAUCCUGUAUACAAUGGAGGGGAGCUGCGCUGGCAGCAGGCUAACCCCACCCCUGGUGCUCCAUACUUGGCCUACCCCAUCAUGUCUUCCCCCCAGCCUCCUGUCUCCAAUGAUUACACUUACUACCAGUUCAUGCCUGCUCCUUGCCAACCAGUGAUGGGCUUUUACCAGCCCUUCCCAGGCACCUACGCAGGCCCAGUUCAAGCAGGUGUAGUCAACCCUGUCUCAGCAGAGGUCAGCGAAAGGCCUCUGUCCCUCGGACUCGCAUAUGGAAUGGCCAGUCAAAGAGGAAGAGGCAUGGCCCGAUCUAAUGUCCCCCCAAAGCAACAUUUGGGUGUGUACCAAGCUGCUCGGGGUCGUCGCCCUCCAACAAGAAAUGCAGCUGUGCAGAAGGAGGUGUGCACCUUAGGACCUGAUGGCAUUACCAAGAAUGUGAUGCUGGUGGAUGCAGCACAGCAGACGGAUUUCCCAGGAGAGGUGUCGGGUCGGUGUGCCGCUGAGCGGGUUAGCCCAUUGCUGUGGAAAAACCGGAAUAAAAGAAGACGGGCUUCCCAUCCAGCUGAAAGCUACAAUGAACAGGGCGCCAGCGAGGCAGACAUAGACAGCGACAGUGGCUACUGCAGCCCAAAACACAACCAGGCAGCCGGGGCAACGAACCGGACCGCAGAGAACACAGCCCCAUCUAUGGGUGUAGAGAGCGGUGUAGUGACAAGUCCCUGGGUAAAUGUGGCAUCUCAGGCAACUCCAAAGACCUGGGGAGACAGAAACGGACACUUUGUCAGAGGGGAUCAGAGGAGGAACCCAGAACAGAGAAACUUUUCUCAGGAUUUUCACAGUGGCUAUCCAGGCCGCAUGUCAUGCGGCCAGCCGGAACAAAGGCUGCAGCCGGCAGCCGGCCCGGGCAGCGAUCUCACUCCUGAGCCCCUCUACUUCAAGGAUGAAGAUGAGUUUCCAGAUCUCCCUGCUGGAGGGUCUGUCCAACGCAGCACCAAACCAGAACCUGCUCCCCCGCAGACUCACACACAACCUAAACUUCCCAAAAACCUGCUGGAUAACCUACCAGAGAACUCUCCAAUCAACAUUGUGCAGACCCCCAUUCCAAUUACUACCUCUGUUCCCAAGAGGGCCAAGAGCCAGAGAAAGAAGGCUCUGGCUGCUGCUCUGGCCACUGCACAGGAGUACUCUGAAAUCAGCAUGGAGCAAAAGAAACUGCAGGAAGCGUUCACCAAAGCAGCGGGGAAGAAGAGUAAGACCUCUGUUGAGCUGGAUCUGGGAGACAUGUUGGCAGCUCUGGAAAAACAACAGCAGGCAAUGAAGGCCAGGCAACUCAACAACACCAAGCCCGUGUCUUUCACCUUGGGAACAACCACUCCUUUUUACAACUCGGGCUCCUCCAGCUUGCCAUCCAUGCUCAGGGGACAUCAGCAGUACUCAGCCCCACAUAACCCCCUUGACUCCACAGCGCCUCGCAUCAAGAGGGGGAAAGAGCGGGAGAUCCCCAAAGUCAAGCGACCAACUGCCCUUAAAAAGAUCAUUUUAAAGGAACGCGAGGGGAAAAAAGGAAAGUCGAGCUUAGAGCAAGAGUCUUUGGGUCAGGAAGAGAGCGGGGAUGAGUGUCUACAUUUUACUGAUGAUCUUUCACGUGAACCUGCCUCCCAGGAAGAAAAUGGUCUAAGCGUGGCCAGUGACGCAUCUCUGUCCCCGGCCAGUCAGAACUCCCCUUACAGCAUCACCCCGGUGUCUCAGGGUUCUCCUGCCAGCUCCGGGAUCGGGAGUCCAAUGGCUUCCAAUGCCAUCACCAAGAUCCACAGUCGGAGAUUCAGAGAGUACUGUAACCAGGUGCUGAGCAAGGAAAUCGAUGAGAGUGUGACCCUGCUGCUUCAGGAGCUGGUUCGCUUCCAGGAAAGGGUCUACCAGAAGGAUCCCAGCAAGGCCAAAUCAAAGCGCCGCCUCGUGAUGGGACUCCGAGAGGUCACCAAGCAUAUGAAGCUGCACAAGAUAAAGUGUGUUAUUAUAUCUCCUAACUGUGAGAAGAUCCAGGCUAAAGGUGGUUUAGAUGAAGCUUUAUAUAACGUGAUUGCCAUGGCAAGGGAGCAGGAGAUCCCCUUUGUGUUUGCUUUGGGCAGAAAGGCUCUUGGGCGGUGCGUCAACAAGCUGGUGCCUGUUAGUGUUGUAGGAAUUUUCAACUAUUCUGGAGCCGAGGGGCUAUUCAAUCAGCUGGUGUCUCUGACAGAGGAGGCCAGGAAAGCUUACAAGGAAAUGGUGUCAGCUCUUGAGCAAGAGCAGGCAGAGGAGGCGCUGAAACAUGACAAGAAGGUCCCACACCACAUGGGGCAUUCCCGCAACCACUCUGCCGCUUCAGCGAUCUCCUUCUGCUCCAUCCUGUCUGAGCCCAUCUCUGAGGUCAAUGAAAAGGAGUACGAGACUAACUGGAGGACUAUGGUGGAGAAUUCCGACGCCCCAGAGACAGCAGAGGAAGAGCCAAGUCGUCCAGCGCCUCCUGCUACCGCCCAGAAAGAUGGCGAGAUCACAGCGGCCCCUGCCAGCGUCGCCCCGCCAUCUUCCACCGCCCCCCAGCCGAGGGCGGGGCCCACUGCGCAGGGCAGUGGGGACAGAGACGAGGUGCGAGCUGAUGACCGUCUGGAGCUGGCCUCCCAGCAGAGCACAGAAACGGGCUCUUUAGACGGGAGCUGCAGGGGGCCACUGAACUCCUCCAUCACGUCCACCACCUCCACCCUCGUCCCAGGGAUGCUGGAGGAAGAGGAUGAGGAUGAGGAGGAAGAGGAUGACUACACUCCCGAACCGAUAUCUGUAGAGGUGCCUACCCUGAGCAGCCGCAUUGAAUCCUGGGUAUCAAAGACCCUGGAGAACCUGAACUUGGGGAAAAGCCAAGAAAGUACAGAGGAUGAGGAGGAGGAGGAGGAGGAUGAAGAGGACAGGGGUCAGGGCGAAGAGGAGGAGGACUUUGAUUCGGCCGAGCUGUCAGAUACCAGAACAGAAAGCAAAGAACAAGCAGAGGUUAAGGUAGUCUUGGGCUGAGUCUGUCCUCCGUCUUCGCUUCAUUCCUCGGUCAGUGUCUCACAUCCCUCUUCCUCCAGUCUCCCUGACAUUCAGCAUCAUCUCAGGUAUACAUCUAUCAAACAGCAGAGACUCUGACCAACCUGGGCACACACCCCAACGUUCGGUUUGAGGGACGGAAACCAGCAGCUGUCGGAAAACACUACAAAAUGUAAAGAUCUCCUCACUUCUUCUGCCCACAUACCUGCAACACUUGAAUGCAGAGCCCAGUGUCUGGAUUUUUGAACUCUUUCAGAGAUGUUUACAGUGAUUUGGAGCAGAUUUGUCUCGCAGAGGAGAGAUCUGACUUCAUUUAAAACUCUGAAGGUUUACAGCUCUGCUUGUGUUUCUGUGUGUGUGUGUGUGUGUGUGUGUGUGUGGGUGUGUUUUUCGGGCACAUGCUUUGCAUUGAUUUGCUGUUAAAUUGCUUUAUCUUUGUAAAUAUUUUUGCUUCCAUCUUUCUGCUUUGCGUGGGAGGAAGAGCCACAUUACCGAGUGAUCCUUGCUUUUGUUAUUAAGAGGUCGGGGAGUUCUGUUGUUGCACCAAAACCACUCCAACCCCUCCAGUUUUUAAAUGUCCGAGUAACGAGUGUCUAAUCCUGUAUUUAGGUGAUUUGAAAUGAUUUAACAAAACAAACUUUGUGCAUAUAACCUCCUUUUAGAUAGCUUUACUAAAACCUGUAAUAAUUUGUCUUAUUGUCUAGUGUAAAAGUUGUUUUUGUCUUUGAAUUUCAGAUGUUUCUCUAUGAAGGAAAAAACAAGUGCUCUCAUUUAUUGUCUUUCUCAUGUGACUGCCGAACCUUUAAGACUCCUUCCACCAUUUCUGUCAACCAAUUUGCGAUGUUUUUUUUUUUUCUUUUCUUCCCCCAAAUCCAGUUAGCAGCUGAUUCAGUAAAUAAACAGUCAAAUCAAAGCAGUGAGAUGGAGUCCUGCUUUGGGAUGCCUCGUGUUGUUUACAACCUUUAAAGCUGAGAAGCCAGAGAACAGGGUUAUCGGCGUUCAUAAAGUUUGGCAUUGCUCCAAAAAAAAAAAGCACGCGUGCUUGCUGGGAACUGGGAUUGACCUCAGCAAAUAGUUUUGAAUUUUAACAUUUUUAAGAUUUUUUUUUAAAUUUUCUUUAGGAAAUUUUGCAAGUUUCCGUUGUCAGACGUCUAUACGUUUGUAAAUACACAUGUACAAAAGAAAAAUCUUACAUUUUAUAAAAAUAAAAAAAAACACCAUUA